AUGUUCGCCGCCCUCCUCCUCGCGGCCACGACGGUCUCGGCCGGCGCCAUUGGCUGCGGUGGCCACCACAUCGGUGCCCGCAACCUUGGCAUGGGUAACCCCCACGCCAAGCGCGAGUACGACCCCAAAGCACUCGAUGUGACGGCCCAAUGCACCUCAUACAACUACCCCCCGGUCGCGGACAUCCUCACCCAGUUCCCCACCAACUGGGCACCCGCGACCAUCCUUCCCUCGGACACGGCCGCGCAGCAGCUCUUUUCGCAGCUCAACCAGACCCUGGGCCAGAAGGUUGGCAAUGUCCAGGUCAAGGUCGGCACCCAGGGCGACUUCUCGGGGUACCAGUACGACAACGCCGCGGACCCCGACUGCUGGUGGACCAAGACGCGUUGCACCGAGCCCAAGGACACGACUAUCCCGGCCGACAUCUGGCGCCUCCCAGAGCCCAACACCUGGGGCUUUGGCUUCGACGACGGACCCAACUGCUCGCACAAUGCGCUCUACAACUUCAUGGCUGAGAAAAAGCAGCAGGCGACCAUGUUCUUCAUUGGCUCCAACGUCAUGAACUGGCCCCUCCAGGCCCUGCGUGCCAAGCAGGACGGCCACGAGCUCUGCAUCCACACCUGGUCGCACUCGGCCAUGACGACCCUCACCAACGAGGGCGCCUUUGCCGAACUCUACUACACCCGUGAGGCGAUCAAGGCCGUCACUGGCGUCACUCCCAAGUGCUGGCGCCCGCCUUACGGCGAUGUCGACAACCGCAUCCGUGUCAUCGCUGGCUUCCUGAACCUUACGAACGUUCUCUGGUCCGACGACACCUUUGACUGGAUGGAGGGCACGAACAACGUCACCUCGGAGACUGUCGUUGCCAACUACCAGAAGGUGUUCGACCAGGCCAAGGCCGGCAACUACAGCACUUACGGCGCCAUCGUCCUCAACCACGAGAUCAACAACAAGACGAUGCAGCACAUGAUCGACCAGUACCCUAACAUCGAGGCCAACUUCAAGUAUAUCGUCCCCAUCGCCUCGGCCAUGAACUGGACCACUCCCUACGCCGAGGCCAACGAGACGUACCCCGACUUCAACCAGUACACCUCUGGCCAGCGCGAAGGUGGCCCAGUCGCCAGUGGCGAGGGCAACUCGCCUGGCUCGACCAUGACUGGCUCGGCCGCUGCGUCCGCGAGCUCGGCGGACACCUCCAAGAAGAGCUCGAGCACGCGCAACUCGGCCGCCGGCAUCUUUGUCCUCGCCGGUGUCGCUGCCGCCAUGCUCCUCUAA